GUGACGUGACCUGGCUGCGCAAGGGAGCAGGAGAGCGGGAGCCCAGGCCCGUGGGCGGCUCCGACACCCACAGCAUCCACACCACCACCCCCAGCCGGGCGCCGGACGGGAAGUCCUACAGCAUGGAGUCCGAGCUGUGCUUCACCCCGUCGGGGCCCGAGGACGACGGGGUCGAGUACCAGUGCAGGGUGGAGCACGAGACCCUACAGAAAACAACAGCCGAGUCCACCGGGCCCCUGCCGCUCCGAGUUCAGCCACAGCUGUCCCAGAUCCAGGUGUUGCCUGAUGGGGAUGCCCCGAGGGAAACGCUGUUUGCCGUCCGCAUCGAGAACUUCUACCCCCAGAAGAUCCAUGAGAUCCGAUGGAAAAUUGAUGGAAAACCCUGGGAAAGGUCCAAGCCCAGAGAGAUCAGCCCCAACUCGGACGGCACCUUCACGGCGACGAGCAUGUUGAGAGUGCCCAGCCGGAGCCUGACCGGCCCGGGGCUGCGAGUGCGAGUGUCCGUGCAGCACGGCCACAGAGACCCCCCGGUGGAGAGAGAGCUAUGCCUGGGGGACGCUGAUGUCCUGAAGCCCCCGGAGGUGUCAGACAUCCUCAACUCAGUGUCUGCAGAGGGGCGAGUCACCCUGAGCUGCCGCAUCACGGGGCAUUUCCCGGGGGAGCUGAGCGUGACCUGGCUGCAGAAGCCCAGGCCUGGAUCUGUGCCCGUGACCCUGCAGGACUCGGCUGAGCACAGCAUCGACCCUGGCACGGCCGUCCUGGCACCGGACGGGAAGAGCUUCCAGCAGGAGACCACACUCAGCCUCACUCAGCAUGGCCUGGGCGCCGAGUACAUCUGCCGGGUGGGACACGUCUCCCUGGGGACCCCCGUCGAGAGAAGCAGCGUUCAGCCACAGCUGUCCCAGAUCCAGGUGUUGCCUGAUGGGGAUGCCCCGCAGGAAACGCGGUUUACCAUCCGCAUCGAGAACUUCUACCCCCAGCACAUCCACGAGAUCCGAUGGAAAGUUGACGGAAAACCCUGGGAAAGGUCCGAGCCCAGCGAGAUCAGCCCCAACCCGGACGGCACCUUCACGGCGACGAGCGUGUGGAGAGUGCCCAGCCGGAGCCUGACCGGCCCGGGGCUGCGAGUGCGAGUGUGCGUGCAGCACGGCCCCGGAGACCCCCCGGUGGAGAGAGAGCUAUGCCUGGGGGAUGCUGAGUGCCUGAAGGGCAAGGUGGGCCUGGCCUUCCUGUUUGACAGCUACAACAGCAUGAACGAGCAGCAGUUCAGCCUCAUCCGCAAAUUCAUGGUGGAGUUCGCCGCGGUGCAGUUCUCCUUGGACGUGCAGACAGAGUUUGACUUCACAAACUACACGCAAAACCCCAAUCCCCAGGAACUGCUGAGGGAUGUGAAGCACAUGAAGGUGCUGACAGACACCUUCAAGGCCAUCAAACACCUGGUGUGA